AUGGACUCAGCAGCCGACGAUCACGGUCUUGACAUCGAUCCCCCCAUCGUAGAGCUUGCAAGGCGUGUCUCUUCCAGCCUCGACCUGUCGUCUUCGCCUCAAACUUCCACCAUGGCUUCCAUCAAGCAGCUCAAGCCUUUUAAUACAGAAGAUAUCAAGAUCUUGCUCCUUGAAAACGUGAAUACGACCGGGGUGGAUUUAUUGAAGGAACAAGGCUACCAAGUUACGACGAUGAAAUCUUCGCUCGGUGAAGACGACCUAAUCGAGAAGAUACGCGAUGUUCACGUCAUAGGCAUUCGAUCGAAGACGAGGCUCACACCGAGAGUCCUCCGUGAAGCAAAGAACUUGAUCGUUGUUGGCUGUUUCUGUAUUGGUACAAACCAGGUUGAUUUAAAAGCAGCGGCUGAACACGGCAUCGCGGUCUUCAACUCGCCUUUCAGCAACUCUCGAAGUGUUGCGGAGCUUGUAAUUGGAGAGAUCAUCGCACUUGCAAGACAGCUUGGUGACCGCUCGAACGAGCUUCAUAGAGGUCAAUGGAACAAAGUCAGCGCUGGGUGCUGGGAGAUACGAGGCAAGACAUUGGGCAUAAUUGGAUAUGGUCACAUUGGAAGUCAGCUUUCUGUACUUGCCGAAGCGAUGGGCAUGACGGUCAUCUAUUAUGAUGCCAUCAAUCUCAUGUCGCUUGGGAAAGCCAAGCAGGUCUCGACGCUAUCGGAACUUCUCAAAGAGGCGGACUUCGUAACGUGUCACGUUCCCGAACUUGAAGAAACCAAGAACAUGAUCGGUCAAGAGCAAUUUAACGAAAUGAAGAAGGGAAGCUAUCUGAUAAAUGCCAGCCGGGGCCUUGUCGUUGAUAUACCCGCGCUGAUUGACGCAAUGCGAGCUGGCCAAAUUGCUGGUGCUGCACUAGAUGUCUAUCCUUCCGAGCCAGGAGGGAAUGGUGACUACUUUGUGAAUGACCUGAAUUCUUGGGCUGAAGACCUCAGAAGUCUGAAGAAUCUCAUACUCACGCCACACAUUGGAGGAAGCACAGAAGAAGCCCAAAGCGCGAUUGGUAUCGAGGUAGCACAGGCCUUAAUCAGGUACAUCAACGAAGGCGCCACGCUAGGCGCCGUCAACCUGCCUGAGGUUGGCCUUCGUUCUCUUACAAUUGAUGAGCCCGAUCACUGCCGAGUAAUCUAUAUACAUCGCAAUGUGCCGGGUGUCCUUCGGACCGUGAACGAAAUCUUGUCGGCACACAAUGUCGACAAACAAAUAACAGACAGCACCGGUGAUGUUGCAUACCUGAUGGCAGAUAUCAGUAAAGUGAACAGCACUAUUAUUAAAGAUCUUUAUCAGAGAUUGGAGAGUGUCAAUUCCCGCAUCAGGACGCGAGUCCUGUACUGA